AUGAACUUAUUACGUGAUAUUGAAGGGGCUACUUUUGCCUUUAAAAGCUUAAUACUGUUGGCGCUUCUGGAUGUUGUGAACAGCAAUUGUCCUAAUAAUGCCAUAGAACAGAUGCACGCCUGUACAGCGAAAUUGGCUAACAUGACUUCGAAAGCUGGGGAAAACAUCAAAACGGUGGAACAGUCCUGUAGAAAUUUAAUGGAAGUGCCUCUUUGCCUGGAAUCUAUCCUGUAUAAAUGUCAAGGUCACAGCGAGUUCCAGUCCAUAGAUCGUUUAAAACAAAUCACAAACCAAUGGAAAUCCAAGUUUCACAUAAUUUGUAGUAAUAUUACAAGUGAUACGUCAUCAGCUAUGGAGAAAAGAACAUUCAGUGUGGCCACCUUUCUGACGUUACCCAUUCAGUUGCUAAUCAGUCGGCUUCUGUGACAGGAAACGAACAAACUUAGAAUAGAUUCUUUUAUGUGAUAACAUUUUUCUAUCUCGCUGUGCUUUUUAUUAAAAUCGCCACAUCUAUUGGUCUGAAUCUCUUCCGAGUAAUUUGGGAGCCCAUUUAUUUUGAGAAUUAACGGUAAUUUAACACGUAGAAAAGACAUCAUUAGGACAAAUGUCUCAGUGAUGUUAUUAUUUUCAAAAUGUUGGAUCUCACGGCUUCCGGUGUAGUAACAGCAAUUAAAUAUAAUGUAUGCGACUUCCGGAAGUUGACAUUAAGGUGAACUCAUAUUAUCAGAUCGAAAUCGAAAGUAUGAAAUUG